CGAAAGGUGUCAAGGUACUUACAGUGGGCCCAGUCAAGCGGCACAGGCCCUCUUGAUUGUCGGCGCACUCUAUGCUUUGGAUCACUAGGGGCGUGGGCAGGGGAAGCAGAAUUGUGCAAAGAGUCGGAUGAGGUUGUGUUGAGGACCAAGGAUGCAGAUGAUUUGAGAUUUCCAUUUGUCUGGCUAAGAGACAACUGUCAAUGUAGUGCUUGUUUCCAUCAAGAUUCCCAGUCAAGAACCAUUGAUCUGGAGUCUUUCGACAUCAAUUCAAAACCAAAGCUGGUGAAAGUUGUCGGUAAUAAAAUUCAUAUUACCUGGUUGGAUGGCCAUAUAAGUGAUUACGAUUUUGAAUGGCUAAAAGAGCGCAGUUUUCAAUCGCACUCACAAGAGUCAUGGCUGACAAGUAUGUAUCGAUUGCCAAGAAAGACUUGGACUGCUCAGUCCUUCAACAAGAUCUUGACUCGAUACAAGUUCAGUGAUGUUUUAAAAAGUGAUGCAGUUCUAUAUAACUGGCUUGUGAGCCUUGCUACUUAUGGUGUAAGCAUUGUUGAGGAUGCACCGGCUGAAAGUACCACAGUUCGCCAGUUAGCAGAGCGAGUGGCAUUUAUUCGGAGAACACACUACGGAGAAGAAUUUUCUGUACGUGCCAAGCCAGGUACGACUAAUGUAGCCUAUUUGUCAGCAAAUCUACAACUGCAUACAGAUCUUCCUUACUACAACUACAAACCAGGGGUGAAUCUUCUCCACUGUUUGGUCCAAACAGAGAGUGAUGGCGGUUCCAACCUGCUUACAGACUCACUUGCUGUAGCAGAUUGGCUGAAAACUGACUUCAACAGCUCAUACCAGGCUCUAACCCAAACUGUUGUGGACUGGAAUGACAUUGGACAAGAAGAUGGCAAUUAUUUCCACAGUAUUCACCGAGCCCCAGUUAUUUGCGAAGACCGCUUUGGAGAGAUUGAGCGGAUUAAUUUUAGCCAGCCUCAGCGUGAUUCCCACUUCAAUGUCCCAUUGGAUAAAGUGAAACUGUGGUAUAAAGCCAUGGACAAAUUCACAAAGGCUAUCAUGAGCAAUGAUUACUGUGUCACCUACAAAAUGGCAGAAGGAGAAAUUCUAACUUUUGACAAUAUCAGGCUUGUACAUGGCAGAAAAAAGUACGACGACUCUGGAAACUCCAUACGGCAUGUGAUUGGAGGCUACUUGGACUGGGAUGAGAUUUGGUCACGUAUUAGGGUCUUAAAGAAUGUGUGACAAAAGCAGCAUGCCCAUGUAAGAAAAUAAGAGAUGAGGGCAAAGUGAAAUAACAAAAUAAUUUCUUAAA